CAGCGCAGCCCCACUGCCUCUGCUCCAAUCACGGGCAGCCUCGCGCUCCCCUGGUAGGUCUACUCACCAACCUACUGUCUCACAUUUUGAUAGAUCACUCCGGAGCUAUAAACGCGCAUCAACACAACUCGAUUUUUCCUUGCUACCCGAAGAUGAGAGUGUCCAUCGCGGUGCCCUCUGCAUGCUUUACCUCCUAACUCGGGCUCUAGACCCGCAGCUGGGACGGGAGAGAGAGCAACCUCUCUUUUCUCUCAUCAUCACUAACUUGGUGUUCCAAGGACACGGGGAGCGAGCCGACAGUCGACGACAAUAAUUGUACGGUAUUUGUGCAUCCUUUCUCAUUUAAGCAAACUUCCUCAUCCUGUCUUUCACGCUGGGCACAGAAGCAGAGAGAAGAAGAAGACGGCUCCGCAUCGCUAUUUCUACCGUGGAAAUACAUUUGGUGGGGUUUUGUGCCCUGUCCGUAUUUGGUGAACCCUGGAUUUAGUGAACAUGGAGACGGUGGAGAAGGAGUGCGGGGCGUUAGGUGGACUAUUCCAGGCGAUUGUCAAUGAUAUGAAGUGUUCAUACCCCGUGUGGGAGGACUUCAGUGCCAAGGCCACCAAACUGCACUCCCAGCUCCGGACCACAGUGCUGGCGGCAGUGGCCUUCCUGGAUGCCUUUCAGAAGGUGGCGGACAUGGCCACCAACACCAGAGGCGCCACCAGAGACAUUGGAUCAGCUCUUACCAGGAUGUGCAUGCGGCAUCGCAGCAUCGAGGCCAAACUGCGCCAUUUCACCAAUGCUCUGAUGGAGAGCUUGAUCACUCCUCUCCAGGACAGGAUUGAGGAUUGGAAGAAGACCGCCAACCAGCUGGACAAGGACCAUGCCAAAGAGUACAAGAGAUCUCGUCAUGAGAUCAAGAAGAAGUCCUCAGACACCAUGAAACUGCAGAAGAAGGCCCGGAAAGAAAUCCAGGGCCGAGGGGACCUGCAGCCCCAGCUGGAUAGUGCCAUGCAUGAUGUGAAUGACAUGUACCUGCUGAUGGAGGAGACAGAGAAGCAGGCGGUGCGCCGCGCUCUGGUGGAGGAGAGGGGACGCUUCUGCACCUUCAUCGGCUUCCUGCAGCCUGUAGUGAAUGGAGAGAUUGCCAUGCUGGGAGAGAUCACUCACCUCCAGGCCAUUAUUGAUGACCUCACUGUGCUCACCACUGAUCCCCACAAACUGCCCCCCGCCAGCGAGCAGGUGAUUAAAGACCUGAAGGGUUCAGACUACAGCUGGUCCUACCAGACCCCUCCCUCCUCCCCCAGCAGUUCUGGCUCCAGGAAGAGCAGCAUGUGCAGCAGUGUGAACAGCGCCCACAGUAGCGCCUCUCGCUCCUCCGGAGGCUCUCAGACUCACUCACCCAGUUCGUCCUAUCGCUACCGCAGCCUGGCCCAGCCGCCACCAGGGAACGCUCACCGCCUCAGCAGCGUCUCCUCCCACGACUCAGGCUUCAUAUCACAGGACGCCAACGUCUACUCCAAGCCUCCCUCGCCCAUGCCCUCUGACAUCACCAGCCAGAAGUCAUCAAGCUCCGCAUCCUCCGAGGCAUCCGAGACCUGCCAGUCAGUCAGUGAGUGCAGCUCUCCCACAACGUUUGGCUCGUCCUUCGCUACCUUCCGCCCUGCUCUCUCUCACACUGGCUCCAUCAGGCCUCUCUCUGUCAUACUUCCUGCGUCCCCACCCUAUAACUGCUCCCCUGGAUCCAACACUACCUCUCCCACAUCAAAGGUUCCUUGCUGGAAGGAUUGGUCCAAGGCAGGAUCUUAUGAGCAGCCAUUGGCUGGCACGCUUCAGCGGCGGAAGGAGCCCCUGGAUAGGCUGAGGGAGAGCGAGGUAUCCCCGGGCUCCCAGGGAUAUGCUGGUGCUCACCCAGACGAUGUCCAGAGGCCCCGAAUGACCCCCGCCACCAUCGCUGCCAAGCACGGCGAAGAGGUGUCUCCAGCAGCCAGUGACCUGGCCAUGGUCCUGACCCGUGGUCUCAGCAUGGAGCAGCAGAAGAGCAACAGGGACUCCUUGCAGUACUCUAGUGGCUACAGCACCCAGACCACCACGCCCUCCUGCUCCGAGGACACUAUCCCCUCUCAGGGGUCGGAUUAUGACUGCUACUCUGUGAAUGGAGAUGCCGAAGGUGAGGCAUCAACUGACUUUGACAAGUCCUCCACCAUCCCCCGCCACAGCAACAUCGGCCAGAACUACCGCCGCAUGAUCCAGACCAAGAGGCCGGCCAGCACCGCUGGUCUGCCCAGUGGGGCCCAGGGCGGAGUGCCUGGAGGGGGAGGGGGCAUUGGGACCCCUGGGACUGCCACCAUCCGCCGAACCCCAUCCACCAAGCCGGGUGUGAGGCGCACCCUGUCCAACGCGGGCCCCAUCCCUAUCCGCCCCCCCAUAGUGCCAGUGAAGACACCCACGGUGCCUGAAGCUCCUGGGGGGUACCCCGGGCCUCCGGUACGUGUGGGCAGUGAGGAGUGCGUGUUCUACGUGGCGGAUGACUCCUCCCCCAACACGUUGGAGUAUGUGAAGGCCUCUCCCAAGCGUCUGAGCCUGCCCAACACAGCGUGGGGGUCUGGGGGAGCGAUGGAGAUGAGUGUGUAUGUCCAGCACGGCUCUGAGGAGGACCAGAUGAUAGCCGCUAACCGCCACAGCCUGGUGGAGAAGAUAGGAGAGCUGGUGGCCAGUGCCCAUGCCCUUGGGGAGGGACAGUUCCCCUUCCCCAACCUUCCUGAUGACCCCCCACCUGGCCCGGCCCCCCAGCACGACCCCCAGGCCACCGGGUCAGGCACCGAUGUGCUGGUGUCCAUCCGCAGGGGUGUGCGGCUCCGCAAGACCGUCUCCAACGACAGGUCAGCGCCCAGGAUUUUGUGAUGGUCCACAGCGGUGUGGAGGGAGCGCAGCCUGCACCCACCGUGGUGCCCCAACCACUACAUACAGUACUGACUCUGUAGUAAAGAAGUGAAUAUGACAACAGAAGAUUACAAAAAAAACAAGUUUAAUUAGAAGUAAAUGAUAAAUAACAAUAAUAAUGCUGAUAAUGAAAAAGUAAAUGAUGAAUAAUAAUGACAGGCUCUGGCCACUAUAACUGUCGUGUCUGGGCGCAUGUUUGUUUAAUUAGCACCACCAUCACCAUGGGAUCCUCAGACUGUAUAUAGAGACUCUGUCUGGACUGACUGCUGAGUGAGAGACUGUUUAUAGGGACCUGGACUUCCAGCCACCCUCUCCACCUCCUCCCACUCCUCACCCAACCUCUUACCCCCCCCCCCCCCCCCCCCCAUUCUAGAGUAAAACAGAGGGAAGCAGGUGGCGGAGAGACAGAUGAAAAGUGGGGUCAAUAGGGGGUCCCAUCUCUCCCUUUAGCCCGGGCCACAAGGCUCUGACAAUGCACUGUUAGCUUUAAACCAUGGCUAACCGUGUGUGUGUGUGUGUGUGUGUGUGUGUGUGUGCGCGCGUGUAAGAGGUGGGCAGAGUUCUGCUGCAGGUCAGCCGGUUGUAUUUGAGGGUGGGGAUUCUCUCCUCUGUGUCGUUUGUUGUUACCCUCACACGGGGCCCACACUGGCUAAAUCAACGUCGUUUCCACAUCAUUUGAAUGAAAUGACGUUGGACCGACGUGGAAUAGACGUUGAAUUGACAUCUGUGCCCAGUGGACUGUUUUUAUUGUGACAUUUGAUUUCCUGUUACCACUGUAUGAGAAGCUACAAAAUGAAGCCAGGCGUAUAUAUUUUCUAAAUCCAGAGAGAACAUGUUAAUAAGAAAUGGAGCAAUAAAUGGGUUUUAUUUUCUGCUUGCGGAGUGGAGGAGAAACAGAAGCUGUUAUCUUAGGUUUAGGUUCUCUUUUUUAACUUGCAGGCAAUCAUCAGGCAUGCUCAAGUACACAUGACAGUGGCUGUCUAACUCUGGCCAUUGGCUUUUCUCAAGUCCUGGCCUGAUGUGUUAAAAAAAUCUGAAAAAUCCUAGAAAACUGAAGCACUUUGAAGGUUAGUUUCUAGUGUGACCACUAGGAGUCAGUGUGGUCACGCUAUGUGAUGAGACGAGGGUGCUGGGGGACUGAGACAGUUGGUUGUCAUGCGGUGUGCUGAGUGCGUGCCACAGACCAGUGAGUGAAGCAGUUCAAUUGGUGAGAGAAUAGGAAGAUCGAAAAAGGAAGUGAUAAAGAAAGGUGGGAAAUGGGAACGGAAGGAUACGCCAUUGGAGGCAUGGUUAUGUACAAUGGGUCCAUGCUGAAAAGGUUGAAUUCCCCAAAAAACUGAUUUAUAAUGUAGAUCAUAACAUUUAUGUAAAGAGGGGGAUGGUAAGCUGCUGUACUAGUCAUCACCUGUUGUGAGUCUCAAACAUGAGAUCCAUAGCUCAUAUGAACCAUGUGCAGCCUUUACUCGGGAGCUGGCUUUGCUAAAGACAUUAGAAUGAAAGUAACUAUAGCCAGGGAGAAACAGUGUGGAUAAUGUAAGGUGUUGCCAGAAGAAGAAGGCGGAUAUUUAUGUUUACAGAGUUAGCUGGAAGAGAGUUGCUGCAGCGGAGAGAGAUGGAAUGAGCAUUUCACUGCCUGUUCAUACUGUAAGCCCGAGUCGAGAGUCAGACGCACAGGUGGAAGUCAAGACUAGAAACUGUAUGAAUAUAUAGUAACCUUUCAUAAAAUUAUGUUGCCAUAUUUUUGCAAUAAUGUUAUGCUGUAGUCUUACUUUUGUCAAUGAAAAAAAUAAUAAUUCCAGAGAACAAUGAAUCACAGUGAUAUAGGAUCUAAGCAGGCAGAGAGAGCAUUAUUCUGACCGUUGUACUGUAGGGUAGUGAUGAACUUCAUGGAUGUCUGCCUAAUGCUCCCUAGCAGUGAAUGUUGAUGUCCUCACCUUGACGACAAUGACCAUUACAAAAUGUAUCUCGAUGCUUAUUUUGUUAAAAAAAAUGUUUUUAUUUAUUUAGCUUAAAUAGAGCACUGUUUUAGAAAUGCCUGUGGCUGUUUUAAAGGGUCUGCUUUGAGAAGAUGAGAGAAACACCUGGUAUUGUAGAAUAUCGCUCAUCUGCUGGAGUGCUGAAAUAGUACUUCCGCAAGGGGCUCUGUAAGAGGGUAUGUGUGGGUGGGUGUGACGCGGAGGAAGGGGAGAGACCAGCAGUCUGGUGGGCGUGUCCCAGGGUGGAUGUGACCUCCCGUGGCACAGUGCAUUCUCGAGGAUGCUCAUCCAGAGAAUGUCUGCAAAGCACAGGUCAGAACGAUGUAUAUUUAUAUAUACAUAUAUACAUACAUAUACUGUUUAAGAAGUUGAACACUAAUUGUACAGGUCAAAUUGCUAGAACAAAAAACAAAAGUUUAACUCACUUUACUUCACAUUACUGAAGAAAUGUUUACUGUCUUUUUAACUGUGCAGACUUAACUCUGGCAAUUAUUCUGUUCCAAUUUCUUGUCAUGCUUGAAUUACUCUGCUUCAUUCUGAUUGUGUGUGAUGCUCCUUACCGUUCCCCAGCCCCCAACUAUGUAACCAUCACUUCUAUCAGAGCAUUAGAGCGAGAGAAAGACAGGAUGUGGCACAGAGACAGACAGACCGAGUGAGACUGGGCCGUUUGCUAGUGUGUGUUAGACUGAGAGGACCCCUACAGAGGAACUACAGGGAUGUCAGUCUUGGUUGUCUCUCUGCCUGGGAUGAGGUGACACUCUCCAAGACCCCAUGGUGGAUGACUAGCAGUCACCUCACUCCCUCACACCCCCACAGCUGGGCUGUCUCUGGGUAUGUGAAGGCCUCUCCCUCUUUCCUCACUAUCACUUGCUUCUCGCCAUCCUCACACUGGGCAGAGAUGUCAGUUUAACGUCUAGAUUCGAUUUACAUUUGGUUGAGUUGUCAUCUAACAAUAAUUCAACAUUAAAUCAAUAAAAAAAAUGUUUGUUAAAAGUUGGGUGCGAAAAAGACUGAUGCCCAUGCAUUGAUGACUUUUUGCACAUCCAAUUCGUUUUCCAAGUUGAUUCAACGCAUAGUUUUUUGGGGGGUUGGAAUGACGUGGAAACAAUGUUGAUUUAACCAGAUUUUGCCCAGUGGGCUACCCCCACUUAUACUCUCAAUAAAUUAACGUGUUUCUUUUUUAACCUCUUAUCCACCCCAACUCCUACUAGCAGCUCACUCCAUAGCUUGCAUCAGCUCUUAAGCCAGAGCCAAGCCCAAACUCCUACUAGCAGCUCACUCCAUAGCUUGCAUCAGCUCUUAAGCCAGAGCCAAGCCCAAACUCCUACUAGCAGCUCACUCCAUAGCUUGCAUCAGCUCUUAAGCCAGAGCCAAGCCCAAACUCCUACUAGCAGCUCACUCCAUAGCUUGCCUCAGCAUCAGCUCUUAAGCCAGAGCCAAGCCCAAACUCCUACUAGCAGCUCACUCCAUAGCUUGCCUCAGCAUCAGCUCUUAAGCCAGAGCCAAGCCCAAACUCCCAACAGGACUUUGACUGAAACACUUUCCCGCUGGGUGCUAAUGCAAGGACGGGGAAUAACUGUGUCGUCACAAUAAAAUGCUAGUUUCACAUUAGAAGAACAACACUUCCAUGAGAACAUGAUAUGAUGUCUCAUGCUGGCUGGAUUAUAGUUAAUGAAAUAAUUUAAAUUAAACCUUAGCUUCACUCUAAGUGAGUGUUAAUUUGCGAUAAGUGCCCAUGUGACUUCUCUCUCUCUCAAAUCGGGUGAGUUGUUUGUCUGUGUAUCCUGCUGCGCUUACCACGGGUGGUGUGUCCAUAGUGUUAGCGCUGUCGUGAGGGGAAUGGAGCAAAUGGGUUGAUGGGAGUGUUUUAGCAUAAUACAAUUUUCUCUUCAUGUCGAGUGAGGUUUGCACAGUGCUGUGUAGAGAUGUAUUUUUCACUUCCGUGUCUCUGCAAUACAGCCUCGGUCGCAAAUUACACUUAUUUAAAUAGCUUUUUGCAUACUUAUGCAGAUCACUUUCACAAUUUCAAUAAUAGAGAAAAUGUGCUUUCAUUGCCUUGUGAGUUUCACUGUGUGUGAUUUAAUACUCCCCCCGCUAAGCUAUAUAGAAAUAACAAUGGAACUCAUUCAUAAUGUAGGAUACUGGAUAUGUAACAGGAGUCUAUAGGUCUCAUUUGGGUCUCCAUGAUGCUUUGCCUAACACAGGUCAACCUGUCCUCCCCUCUUAAUCCUGGAUAAGAGCUUGGUUAAUCAGCCUUAUUACUUUAAUAACAUUAGAAAGUGGAUGACUGUAUGCCUUUAUAGUCUAGGCUGGUGUUAGUGUCCGACCAGUGCGCACAGCCGUACUGUGACCUUGCAAAUCACUUUAUGCCGUUGUAAGGUAGCCAAACAGCCCAAGCCCCUCUUCCUUUAACUAGCUUAUAAUUCAUAUGUUCAAGCAUAUGUCAGGGCAAAGAUUGAAUCAAGCUGGGUAGCUGUGGGGUGUAGGUCAUGUAUGGAGGUUAUACUGUACGUGGUCUAGGAGUAGUGUGUUUACAUUGUCUACAGGUGUUGCGUUGGUGUGUCUUCGUUCUCAUGAAGUCUGCCCUGACGUAUGUUGAGGAUCUCUGACACUGAUGGAGAAACAGACUCUGCCUCGACACAAGGUGGCUACACGCCCACUCUCCCACCCACACACAGCCUGUCCCCGUCUAUUUAAAAAGACCAACAAAGUCACCCCACAACGAUGUCACCAUCCGUUAACUCAACUCUGUCAGCUCCUGAGAUGUAGUCAGGCAGGGAGGUGACGACUCACGUUUCCAGGUGCCAUGGUAACAGAACUGAAUGUCUUAUCACUUGUGGAUUCUCUGUGGUUUCUUCUCUCUUCCUCUUCCCAAAGCCCAAUCCAAUAUUAAAGCUAAACCAAUGCAUCUAUGAACAUGACCCUUGCCACAGUUUUUAUGAAGUCAUUAUUUUCAUUACGUUAUUGUGAAGAGAUAUGUGCGCAUAUGUUUUUUUGUACAAAACUCCCUCCAAUGGAGUCACGUAACGCUACAGGUGCUGUUUUCUGUCUGCUAAUUUCUCUCCUCUCUAAUUUAUUGUGCCCUUUUCUCCAAGGCUGUUUUGCCUCUUUCGCUGAUAAGUUUUUCUUUUUAUAUUAUUAAUCCUUUCAAUUUGGUUUAGUCACUGCUAAUGUAACAAAACGCACUGUGAUGAUUCCAGUAUUAAUAAAAUAUGUACUUAAACUGUG